AUGAGGACCGGAAGGUAUGAGGCCCAUCUAUGGAUAACAGUUGCAGAAGAAGAAGGUCAAACUCGUAAGGGCAGGCAAGUCUAUUUGGGUGGAUAUGACAAAGAAGAAAAGGCUGCUAGAGCUUAUGAUUUGGCUGCUCUCAAAUACUGGGGUCCUACUACAACAACCAAUUUUCCUAUUAGCAACUACGAAAAAGAGCUGGAAGAGAUGAAGCACAUGACUAGGCAAGAGUAUGUUGCAUCGCUAAGAAGAAAGAGUAGUGGAUUUUCUCGGGGUGCCUCCAUUUAUCGUGGAGUUACAAGACAUCAUCAACAUGGAAGAUGGCAAGCACGGAUAGGAAGGGUGGCAGGGAAUAAGGAUCUCUACUUGGGCACGUUCAGUACCCAAGAGGAAGCAGCAGAGGCCUAUGACAUUGCUGCGAUAAAAUUCCGAGGACUGAAUGCCGUUACUAACUUCGACAUGAGCCGCUACGACGUCAAGAGCAUCCUUGAGAGCAGCACACUUCCGAUAGGUGGGGCUGCGAAGCGCCUCAAGGAUGUGUCUGAGCACGCAGAGGCAAGUGUGGAUGGCCGUCGGACUGACGACGACAACCUCACCUCCCAACUCACCGAUGGGAUCAGCAGCAGCUAUGCCUCCCAUGCUCACCACCACGGCUGGCCCCCCUUCGCCUUCCCGCAGGCGCAGCCCCUCGCCAUGCAUUACCCUUACAGUCAGCAGCGUGGCUGGUGCAAGCAAGAACAAGACAGCGUCAUGGCCACAGCCCAUACCUUGCAGGACCUCCAGCAGCUCCACCUGGGGAACAACACUCACAACUUCUUUCAGCCAUCUGUGAUCCACAACCUCAUCAGCAUGGAUUCCUCUUCGAUGGAACAUAGCACGGGUUCUAACUCGGUGAUCUACAACGGGAGCAUGGGCGGGAGUAGCGGAGGCUAUCAAGGUGUUGUUGGGGGGAGUGGCAGGUACGCUUUGCCUGUAAGCACAAUGGUGGUGGAUCAGGGCCAGGGCAAUCAAGGGAGCAGUAGCUUUGGAGAGAAUGAGGGGAAGGCAAUCGGUUAUGAGAACAUGUUGGGCUCCACUGAUCCUUAUGGUGGUAGGAGUGUUUAUUAUCUCUCGCAGCAGUCAUCGGGUGGGGUUGUGAAGGAUAACGGGUAUGAUCAGAGUGGUGGGUGUAACACUUGGAUGCAACCUUCAGUGCAGGCUGUUGCACCCAGGGCCAACAAUGUGGCUGUUUGCCAUGGAGCUCCUCUUUUCACUGUGUGGAAUGAUGCUUAGGUGUUAGGUAGGGAGGGAUGGGUGGUAGGAGUGGUGGACAGAAGGGAUGGUGGUCUUAGAGAAGAAAAAAAAUGAACAAAAGAUAUAGAACUUAGCUCCUAAUUUUGAAUUUUUUUUUUCUUGUACGGGUUUUCCUUCAGGAAGGAACUAAGAAGAGUCACUUAUUUUUAGGUUCACUGAACUCUUCUUCUAACAUAAGGAUUCUUCUGAAGUUUUGGUGAUGGCUUGUGAGGGUUGGUGGAUGUGAUCAUCAUUUCUCAUCUGCUGUCAAUUUUGGGGAACUUCGUUUCGAUGAAUCCUUGCAAAAAGGAGCUUUGCAACUUCAAAUAAUAUUAUGUUUGGUGCAUCAAA